AUGAGUGUUUUGAGGGAGGAGGUUGAGACAGUUAAAAGUAUGAUUAUAGAAAUAACCCCAGUUGUCGAUGACGUUGAAAGCCAGUUGGAGAUCGCCAUAAAGUCAAUUGAAGAUACGGUUCUCAUUACGAAAGAUAAUGCUACACUAUCUAUAUCCGAAUUACGAGACCUCACCCAAAAGUCUCCUCCGUCUUUCAACCAUCACUGCCCAAGUUCACGUCCUCUUCGCGAAGCAGAAGCAGGCCGAGCUGGCGCAGCUGCAGAGACCGUCGUCACGGCGCAGUUGGAGGCGAUUGGAAGGAUUAUUGCGGAGGAUAAAGCAACAGGGUGA